AAAUGGCUGACACGGAAGCCGUCACUAUCACUGCCGAUCGAUCGACUCAUUCUCUUUCUUCAUUCAACAAAAACACCUAAAGAUGUCACACGUAGAUUUCUGCAAUACAUUCCGGACUCGGAAAGCCUGAUUGAUCUGGUCGUGCGUCUGGGUCUCUAUGAUCUUGGCCUAGAGCACUUCAUUCGUCGUCGCGAUGUCGCAGGACUACGACUUCUGCUCUCUCGAACUCCCAACAGUAAGGAGGAGUUUAAGAUAGGUCAGACGUAUCUCAUCAAGCCGACAAACCAAUGGAAGGAGUACGUGCCUCAGAGCUAG